AUGAAUUCGGUGGUGGGUGGAGUGGCGGUAUUUGCGGGUAUUAUGGCCCUAUUCGUUACAAGAAAUGAGCCUCCAACCCCUGUUUCUGCUUCGAAAGAAGAUAUUCUCCCUCCACCACCCUUCCUUCAGGGAGUGAAGCGUUGCCUAAAGUCUCGUCGUUUCGUCAUUUUGGCAUGUUCACUUGGUGGUGGGGUUGGGCUAUUUAAUGCCCUUUAUAACAAUCUACAACCGGCAUUGUGUUUAAAGGGUUAUUCGGAGACAUUUUCCGGUGGAAUGGGAUCGUUAUUGAUUGUUUCUGGAUUGGUUGGAGCUGCUGUUUCUGGGAUUAUCGUCGAUAAGACUGGGAAAUUCGAGCAAGUCAUGAAGAUCUCGUUUGCCAUUGCCGGCUUAGCUGGUUGUAGUUUAUCAAUCGCAAUCAACUAUGAGAACCAACCGUGGUGGGUCGUCGCCUCGAUCUGUGGUUUUGGCUGUUUCGGCUUUGCCAUCUAUCCAAUUGGACUGGAAUUAGGAGUGGAAUGUACAUAUCCAGUGGCUGAAGCCACAUCAACUGGGCUUAUUAUUAUGAUUGGCCAAAUCCUGGGUGUAAUCUUUGUGGUGACAACAAAUCUGGCGAAUGGCACCCCAUCCCCUCGAGAAUUGGCCAUACAAACAUGUGUCACGCAUAAUGAAGAUAUGGAUACGGUACUCACGUGGAAAUACCCAUUCAUCAUUUGGAAUGGAUUUGUGACAAUCGGGAUCGCGACGUUUCUGGCAAUAUUCUGGCCACGAUAUAAGAGAAGAGCAUAUGAAGCACAGAGGAAACAGAUACAGAUGGAGAAA